CCAAGUGUUGCAUUUUAUAGAACCGCCAGUUGCCCACACCGUCUCGCUACGUAAGGAGCUCCUAGGCCCCGUACUUGCUAGGAUGCGAGCCUGUUGUCUUCAGUUCGCGAGUGUCGAUUUAAUUCAAUAACCGCGACUUAAGUCAGUUCGUGUUAUCUGUGCCAAUGUAAGCGUGAAGGGAAGUGACAGUUCAUCCGCGAAAACCCCGGCGGAGUAACCCCAGAACACCCGCAGUAACAUAAACUCGACGCCGAACUUUCGACGAGGAAUUUCAGGAUUUUCAGAGUGCUUCACGGAUUUAUUCAGGUGCAUUAAAUCAUUUGAAGUGGAUAUUGGUGUGAUGAAGUAGUGCGACCUAAAUAUAUAAGUGUUUAGAAAAGUUACCAGCGCGAUUGCAUCUGUAGUUCGUCUUCCGAAGAUUUGUAUACACCUCAGGAGGAACUUCCACCCUACCGUUGAUGGCCCCUAAUGUAGCUGAUACAAGUAACGGCUAGUUCCUCGCAAAGGGGCUCGAAAGUUAGUGCUCAGAAAGUUCCAACAACUGAAGUCUCAGGAUGAUUUCUUGCCAUCAACGACUAGGCCACUCUAGAGGGUAGUCGAAACAAGAAGCGACCGAGGUGAGAGGGUUGAUAAAGCCCUUAACCUCGAUCUUACUCAACGUUCGUGCUCUCUACUAUGCAAAUAGUACAACAUCGCCUUCGAGCCUUCAUAGCGGUACUUGGCUUGGCCUUUGUAUUGCACCCGGUUCAGUGUCAGAUACAUUACGAUAAUCAUACAGCUGAAUCUCGCAACGGAAGACGUGUUGGGAGGUCAAUCAGAAGUAGACACAACAAUUUGAACAACGACGAGGACUGGUUUGACUCCUUGUACAAGCAGAAUAUACCACUCAUCAGCCCAGGAAAACUGCUUACCCCCCGAGAAAACCAGCAGUUGAUACGACAAGAAACCAGAAACCGCACAACAGUCGACUGCUGUCCGUCAGUGUUAGAAAUGAUAGAACCGGAAGGAGGCAAAAACCAAGAUGACCAAUACGUAGAACUCUAUAGGGAUGGCGACCACAGGCAGAGGUUCUACGAGCUGUCCUGUCACAAGGACAUCAAGAACAAACCCUGCCGAUUCAUGGACAAAAAAAUCCACGAACAUUCGCGGUGUGUACAGAAGUAUAGUUAUACUUACGCCUUGGUGAAAGACACAGGUAGACAUCACCAUCACCAAAAAAUCUCGAAUAAAAAUUUUCCCACCUUUCCCGCCAAAGGGCCAGAAGAAGUGAGGUGGACAUUAGACUAUAUACGAGUGCGAAGUGGGUGUAGUUGCGUGGUGACUUCGAACAAACAAAAGCGUAAACAAAAACACAAACGAAUAAAACAUGACGAAGAAACGUGAAGUUGCGGAACCAAAGCAAGUUUUUAAAACUCCCCGGACUAUUAUUUAAUUUCCUCAAUAAUUCUACCAACGCCAGUGGCUUGUGAUUAAUGCUUCAUGUUCAUAGAUAUAUCUAUAAAUAAAUAUCCUGAAAUUAAAUUAUGUUAUUGUUCAAAUAUUAUUAUUCUUAUUAAUAUUAUCAUGACAAAAUGAAUCAAUUGAUGUGAGCUAAGUAUGUAUGUAUACCCGCACCAUCAAAUAUGUAACAUCUUGGUGUUGUCUCAUCUAGCUAUUCACCUUUGUUAUAAUUCAGAAUUAUCCAGUUCACAUUCCAAAAUAAAUCACAAUACUCAGCAAAACAAUAAAUACACCACUAUAUAUACCCAGAAAUUAUUCUACCGUAAAGGUUAAAUGGAUUCAGAAUGUUUCUGGGUAUAAUUUUUUUUUCGAGUUAAAAUCUACCUCAAGGUAGAGUGGACACCAAGAGAGCUGAAGACUGACUAACACUUCACAUACCUGUUAUUGUAAAUUUUGUUAUUAGAUUGAAUUUUGAUACAGAGUUUACAGUUUCGAUUCGGACAUUUGUUGAUGUAAAAAAAAAUAGAUUCAUUGUAUUUUUAAUAUUCGAAUCAAUUCAUGUCGGUAAAUAAUCAUCACAGUGUAUCGAUGUUGAGGUUUUGAAAAUGAAAACAUGAAUGUAACGUUUUCGAACAUUUUUGUGCAAAAAUAAAUUUAUCAGAAUAUCGA